CAGUCGGCAGCAGAUCUAGCUCCCCGCAGCUCUCCAGUUGUGAAGCUACCAUACGCACUUCACUAAAUAUUUCUUCUUGAAUGAGUCGGCCUAACGAAUAUACUUGAGUGUCGACACAGUACGUCCAUUAUUACUUUACGAGACUAAAACGCCAUUCGUUAAAUCGCCGUGUCCGGUUGAAGUCGCCUCGGUAACACGUCGAAGCUUCUCGCCUUAGUUUAUUUUAGCUUAGCUCAAGAGACGCGAUUGCCACCAACACAAGCGUGAGCGUCGAGUGUCGCGAUUGUCGUGUGAAAAUGUGUGCAAGAAGGACGGCGCAGUACCAGGACGAACUUUGUGGGCCAAAAGACGAGAAGGAGCCACAACGUCACCUACUGAACGCUUUUUUCACGAAGCCUCGAGUUGGAUUACGCACAGCGGAAAUCAGUGAUCUUCGUCCUGAAUGUCAGCAACCAGUGUCCCCUCACAUUAAAGAGGAAGAGGAGGACGAAGAGGUCCUCCACAUUAAAGAGGAAGAGGAGCUGCAUGCCCUUUACAUUAAAAACCACGAGGCAGAAGAGUACUCCUACAUCAAAGAAGAGGAGGAGGAGGAAGAUGUUACCAAGUUUCUAUUGACUGGUGUCCCUUUGAAGAGUGAGGAUGAAGAUGAAGGUCAAAGUGAGAGAGGGGCGGAGCCUCCAAGCAGCAGCUCAAGUCAACACAUGACAACAGAAGGUGAUGGAGACCACUGUGGAGGAUCACAAGCAGACAGCCACUUAGCUCCACUAUCAGAUAGUGAUGACAUGACUUCGCUCUCUCCUCAUGAUGAUGAUGAUGAUGAUGAACAGUCUGAAGGGCAUAAGACCAGUCACACUGACAACAAAUUCUGGAAAUGUUCUCAGUGUGGGAAAGAAUUGGCUUCUCAGAAUGGUUUGAAACUACACAUGAGAAUGCACACUGGAGAGAAACCUUUUACCUGCUUAGUUUGCUGUAAAAGGUUUAUUCAGAAGGGAGACCUAAUAUAUCACACAAAAACACACACAGGGGAGAAACCUUUUGCUUGCUCAGUUUGUGCUCAAAGAUUCUAUAAAAAAGGAUACUUAAAAAUACACACAAGAACACACACUGGAGAAAAACCAUUUGCCUGCUCAGUAUGUGGUCAAAGAUUCUCUGAAAAGGGAAAUUUAAACAGACACAAACGAACACACACAGGUGAGAAACCUUUUUCCUGUUCAGAUUGUGGCCAAAGAUUCUCUGAAAAGGGAGGCUUAAAAAAACACACAAGAACACACACUGGAGAGAAACCUUUUGCCUGCCCAAUGUGUGGUCAAAGAUUCUCUGAAAAGGGAAGCUUAAGAAAACACACAAGGACACACACUGGAGAGAAACCUUUUGCCUGCUCAGUGUGUGAUCAAAGAUUUACUCAGAAAGGGCAGUUAAAAUUACACACAAGAACACACACUGGUGAGAAACCUUAUUCGUGCUCAGUUUGUGGCCUAACAUUCUCUAGAAAGGGAAGCUUAAGAAAACACUCAAGAACACACACUGGAGAGAAACCUUUUGCUUGCUCAAUGUGUGGUCAAAGAUUUGCACACAGAAGUAAUUUGACAACACACACAAGAACACACACUGGAGAGAAACCUUUUUUCUGCUCCGUUUGUGGUCAAAGAUUCUCUAGAAAGGGAAGUCAAAAAAGACACAUAAGAACACACACUCGAGAAAAAACUUUUUCCUGAGUUAUUUGUCAAAGAUUGUCUCAGAAGUAUAAGUUUAAGAGGCACAAGUGUGUUCAUAAGAGUUUAAAUUUAUCAAUGAAGGUUUCGCCUCUCAUCCUAGCAGGCUUCAUCAUAAAUGCUGAAAUCUUUUCGAGAUUCCCACCUGAUCCCGCAGGAAUCACACGGGAUGGGAGUAAAUUUCACUAUUCGAUUGGGGAGGAGCGGGAGUCUGAACUAUGACAACGAAGUCACCAGGAGUGUAAACCAUAACCAUAUAGUCCACUCCUGGUGAUUUUAAGGAUAUUUAUAUCUCAACAUCGAGGAUAUCAACAAUUAAGAUUUCCCCGCCUCGCAACUGCAUGUACAGCUCAUUUUUAUGCUUGCCUUUAAACGUGUGUGUGAAAGUCAGCCAGUGACAAACAUCCGAGGGUGGGAGCAGCGAAGGACACAACAACAGUAUAACAGUACUUCCUUUACAUUGGGAAAUUUAUAGAGCGAGUGGAGGUCCUGAAGGAAUUCAAUGGAUUUAGUGGCAGAAAAUAAGUCAUCCUCCAUUAUAUGGAGGAAUUCACUAGUAUAAAGUUACCAACAAAGCCAUCUGCAUGUCUUCAUAAACUAAUCCAUCCAUUUCCUCAUUUUUUGGGAGCUUAGAAAAACGUCACCGAGUUGUUCUGUGAAUUGAGGCAUCCAGCGAAGACGCAUUUUCGGAGUGUAGCCAUCAUUAGGUUGCCAACUGCACGCUGGAGUGGUAAAUGGGCCUUGUUAUGGAAGCUAAAUACAGCUAACUCACAAAUGAGCAGCAUAGCCAACCGAAAUGACGUCACUUUGUCCUUAUACAUUGUGGGACUGGUACUCGCGCUAGAAAGUCUACGCCCCCGUUUUUUUAGACCAGCCCACAAAAUCAGGAAAAUUCAAAUGGCGAAAAAGACAUUUAAGCUUUAGCUCAACAAUUCAGCACUAUAUUGUUAUGUAUUCUCAUAUGUUUUCGGCACUUCAGACAUAUUUAAUGUAUUUAGAAACAAAUCACGGAUAUCUGCUUAGUGCCACUUCAAAAGUUCAGUUAAACUAUAUUAAGGUUCUCAGAUAUUACGCUUGAAUCCAGCUAGAAUUAAUAUGAUUUUGGUAGAUAACAGCUGUCAGAUAACACAUCCUGCAUGCUUUGUUCUUCCUGCAUAGUUACAUAUAGGCUUCCUGGACUCAUUUUCUCUAAUAGUUAAAUGUUACAGUGUUCUUUUUGUUUCAACUAAAGUUCUGUAUAGCAUUCAUGUAUUAA